UCGGCGGGAGGGGGAGGGGAGAGCAGGGCUGCCCUCCGUGUGUGUGCCUGGUUUGUCACCGGGUUUCAGUUGCGGGGGGGGUGUCAAAGCACAACACAACCACAGGCGGGGCGAGGGCUGGCGGCACCCCGGGGCAUCCCCGGGGGCGUUGGCGGCGGCGCCUCCUCGAGCUGCGCGUCCCGGCGUGCGGGACCGACGCAGGUGGGGGAGGGCGCGGCCGGUUCGCCCCCCAGCCGCCCCGGCCCUCCCGGUGCGCCCCCUCCCCCGCCUGUGGCUCCCCCUCGGCGCUGCUCCCGCCGCCGCCGCGCGUCCGCACCGGCCCCGCCAGCCCCCCCUCACCGCCAUUCCGCCCCAAAACUUUCCGUUUCCCCCAUCCCACUCUCCGGGACUUCCUUGUGCCGCCCGUGCGCGCGGAGGGGGGGGAGGAGGCGUGUGCGGCGGCGGCGAGGGGGGAUUCGCAGCCUCCUGGCAGGCUGGCCGGGACCCCGGGGGAAGAGGAGUUGCACCAUGCGCGGCAAGUGAGGGAAAGUCUCCGCCAGCAGCAGCGCCGCCGCCCCCCGCAGAAGUUGGGGCUCUCCCCGCCCGCGGGAGCGGGAGCUGUGCCUUUAACGCCCGCUGCGCCGCGAGGUACCUAAGGAUAACACUGGCCUGAAGGGAAAAUCUGGGGCAAACUGGGGACCUUGACUGUUCUUGCACCUGACCCCCUCAUCUGUCAGAUGCAGUGAUCUCCAUGGUAACUCAAACCCCCAGACUCUUGACAGCAGCCUGUGAGGAGCAGCAUUCAGCAGCUCAAGGGUCUCACGACCAGGUUGCCUUUUUUGGGCUGUUUAAUCAUUACCUUUGGUCCCUGGUGGCAGUGGGAGCGUGGAUCACACUUCUCAUAAACCUCAUCAUAUUGAGGUUGGGCUAAGAUGAGCAUAACCAGUGACGAAGUGAAUUUCUUGGUGUAUCGCUAUCUCCAGGAAUCGGGUUUCUCCCACUCGGCCUUUACCUUCGGUAUCGAGAGCCACAUCAGCCAGUCCAACAUCAACGGAACACUAGUGCCACCUGCCGCACUCAUCUCCAUCCUCCAGAAGGGGCUCCAGUAUGUGGAGGCCGAGAUCAGCAUCAACGAAGAUGGUACAGUAUUUGACGGCAGGCCAAUAGAGUCCCUGUCUCUGAUAGACGCGGUGAUGCCUGAUGUCGUUCAGACCCGGCAGCAAGCCUUCAGAGAGAAGCUAGCGCAGCAGCAAGCCAGCGCUGCGGCAGCGGCGGCAGCCACGGCGGCCACGGCAGGAGCCACGACGACUGCUGUUUCCCAGCAGAACACACCAAAGAACGGAGAAGCCACUGUGAAUGGAGAGGAGAAUGGGGCACAUGCAAUAAAUAAUCAUUCAAAGCCAAUGGAAAUUGACGGGGAUGUUGAAAUUCCUCCUAACAAAGCAACAGUCCUUCGGGGCCAUGAAUCAGAAGUGUUCAUCUGUGCCUGGAACCCUGUCAGUGACCUGCUAGCAUCUGGAUCCGGAGACUCAACGGCCAGGAUAUGGAAUCUCAACGAAAACAGCAACAGCGGUUCCACUCAACUCGUUUUGAGACACUGCAUAAGAGAAGGAGGACAUGAUGUCCCCAGCAAUAAGGAUGUGACUUCAUUGGACUGGAAUAGUGAUGGAACACUAUUGGCUACAGGCUCAUAUGAUGGUUUUGCAAGAAUAUGGACAGAAGAUGGUAACCUUGCAAGCACCUUAGGUCAACAUAAAGGUCCAAUAUUUGCCCUGAAAUGGAACAAAAAGGGGAAUUAUAUUUUAAGUGCUGGUGUUGAUAAAACAACAAUAAUUUGGGAUGCUCACACAGGAGAAGCUAAACAGCAAUUUCCUUUCCAUUCAGCUCCUGCUCUGGAUGUGGACUGGCAGAACAACACUACUUUUGCCUCCUGCAGUACUGACAUGUGUAUCCAUGUAUGCAGACUUGGCUGUGAUCGUCCCGUUAAAACCUUUCAAGGACACACAAACGAGGUGAAUGCAAUCAAAUGGGACCCAUCUGGCAUGCUGCUGGCAUCUUGUUCCGAUGACAUGACAUUAAAGAUAUGGAGUAUGAAGCAAGAUACCUGUGUACAUGACCUUCAGGCUCACAGCAAAGAGAUUUACACUAUCAAAUGGAGCCCUACAGGACCAGGCACCAGCAACCCAAACUCCAACAUCAUGUUAGCAAGUGCUUCGUUUGAUUCCACGGUUCGGCUGUGGGACGUUGACCGAGGAGUCUGCAUCCAUACGUUAACAAAGCAUCAAGAGCCUGUCUACAGUGUAGCUUUUAGUCCUGAUGGAAAAUAUCUAGCCAGUGGGUCCUUUGACAAAUGUGUCCAUAUAUGGAAUACUCAGAGUGGAACUCUAGUACAUAGCUACAGAGGCACCGGGGGCAUCUUUGAAGUCUGCUGGAAUGCUAGAGGAGACAAAGUGGGAGCAAGCGCAUCAGACGGAUCGGUUUGUGUUCUAGAUCUGCGGAAGUAAAAGUGAAAUGUUUUAGAGGAAAUUUCAAAUGGACCAGCAGUGAAUGUGUGGGGAGAAGCACUCUUCAAAACUAUUCUUAACAGCUCCAGAACUGUACAAACUUGAACAAAGUUAGAGUGUACCGUGAAACCGACUCUCCCUGGCCACAGGUGACUUGUAUUUUGUCCGUAACCUUCAUCAAGGAGUAAAAACGCAGUCACUUCAGAGGGGGAGGGAAUGGUUUCCACCUGGAACAUUCAGCCUUGGAAGCAUGAAGCCACCAGCUAGGCAUUGCACUGUUUGGUUUGCAUCUGAGAACUUGCUCUGAUGGCUGGGGGAAAAAAAAAAAAAAAAGCUGUGCCAAA